AUGGUUUCCAAGACUUUCAUGAUCGCGGCGAUGAUCGCCUACGUUGAGGCCCGUUUCGGUCAGGAGCAAGUCCCCAUCAGUGCUAUCAGCAGUGUUCAGGGUGGUGAUGCCGGUGCCGCUGCUACUGUCGCCGGCGCGGCCAUCUCUGACCUUCUCGGUGGAGCAAACUCUUGCGAUAAGCUCGUCCGUGCUGACCAGAUCUUCACCGAACUCGGUGGAGGUGCCGAUGCCCUGACUGCUGCUAUUGGUAUGGUUACCGCAGAGAAGAACACCAACCCCUUCGCCAACGGCAACGUCCAGAAUGUCUGUGGCGAUGCUUCGCUCCCUGUCACUCCUGAGCUCCGUGGUAUCACCCCUCUUAUCGACCCUGAUGUUGAUGUCAACGGUGAUGCUGCGGCCCUUAGCAAGAGCAGUGCUGCUUCUCCUCUUGCCGCCGAUGGCCUGAGUGUGUUUGAUCUCAUGGACCAGGCUGGUCUCGGUGACCUUGUCGUGAGCCAGGCGGCUGCUGGUGGUGCCGCUGCGGGUGGUGCUGCUCAAGGUGGAAACCAGGCGGUUGCUGGUAAUGGCAACGCUGCUAACAACGGCAAUGCUGCGAAUGGCAAUGCUGGCAAUGCUGGCAACAACAGUAACAACAAUGCUGGUAACGCUACCGCUGGUAACAACAACAACAACAACAACAACGCUGGAAAUGCCAACAACCAGCAGGGCGCUGCUACCGGUAACAACAACAACCAGAACAACAAUGCCAAUGCCAAUGCCGGUAACGACAACGCAGCUGACAACCAGAACAACAACGCCAACGCUUGUAAUGACAACGCAGCAAACAACCAGAACGGUAACCAGAACAACAACCAACAAAAUGGAAACAACAAUGCUGGUAACAACGCCAACAACCAGAACAACAACCAGCAAGACGCCGCAGCAGGAAAUGGUAACAACGCCAACGCCGGUGCCGAUGCUGGUGCCGGUGCUGGUGCCGGUGCCGGUGCCGGCAACGCAGCUGGAGGAGCAGCUGGUGCCGGAGGCGAAGACUUCGGCCUCUGCACCCCAACAAUCACCUUCCAAGCCGGCGAGAACGGACGCGCAGCCGACGAAUUCACCUUCCAGAUCGCCGACCCUCUCGCCCGUGGAGGUCAAAGCGAAGCCCUCAACCCAGACAUCAUCACCAACGCGCUCUGCAACCAGCUGACCAACGUCUGCGAGGCAAACGACGCAGCUGUUGCCACUUGUGAGAGUGCCGCCGCGGCUGUUAAGGGUGGAACCAGGAACAAGGCUUUGGCGGAUCAGUUCAACAGCCUCGUUGGCUUUGCCGGUGCUGUUACGAACCCUGAUGGCGGACCAGCGGAUGUUGCUGCUGCUGGUGCUGCUAAGGCGAGGAAGAUGAGGAGGGGACUUAGGAUGUAA